CACCUACUAUUUUGCUUUCGCACGCGGCCCCUUUCGUCUCUCGCGCGCGCCACUCCGCCAGCCGGAAUCCCGCAAAACCCUCCGCCGUUCCCUCGCGAAAGCUGCUCCCCCCCGGCCGGCCGAUGGAGUUCGCCUGCCGGGGCCGCCCCGCCGCGGACCAGGACGGCGGCGAUAGUCGCCGCCGCUUCCCCGACCCUCCGCCGCCGCACGGAGACGCCAUGCUGGUGAUCAGGGAUGCGUUGCUGUUACAGCUCCAGAAGGAUCGCCUUCGCCAGGAGAUCAUCAUGACCGAGCUGGCCACAUUAGAGCGUGCCAUGGCCCUGAGCUCUGCUGCCCGCCAUGGUAUUGACGCUGCCUACGUGGAACAGCCUAAGCCGCUGUUCUUGUCCAGUGAAGAGUUCAUGCCGCACCACAGAUGGAUGGAACAGUUUUCCGUUGUGAAUGAGGUCCAUGAUCUGAAGAAAAAUGAUGUAAAGCAUGGGAAUGUGCAAUUGAAGUCCGUGAAUCCUGCUGCUGAAGACCGAUUCAGUGUAUGCUUGAGGCCUUGUUGUUCCAACAGUAAGGCAGAGGAGAAUGAAGCAUUUGAUGAGCAGAAACUACAAGAAUCCAAUGAGCCCACGAAGAUGUCGCCUUCACUGAAAUGGGAACUAACAGGAAUAACUAUACCUGUUAAAAAACCAAAGCAACCCCAGAGCUGGAGUUGUGUCAUCUGCCAGGUAGAAACACCAGACACGGAGCACAACAUAAAAGAGCAUUGUGCAGGAAAGAAGCACCGGUCAAAUGUAGCAUCCUUGGAAUCCAGAAACAAGACCAUUAUUCAGAAGGCGGAAACAACAGCAGAAUCUUCUUCCUGUGCAGCGCAGAAAACAUCCUCUAUAAUAUGGAGCUGCAGUACAUGCCAGGCCAAUGGUACCAGCGAAGCGGACCUGAAGGAGCAUCUCAGUGGAAAAACACAUCAACAGAACAUCGAAGGACAAUGCCAGGAAGGUGACGGCAUGACUAAGAACGCUGAGCCACAAGAAGCGAUGUGUCAAGAGAGCAAACUUCCACAACUUUCAGAGAAGCCACCUUGUACCAUUUGUCAAGAUAAUUGUACUACCAAAUCAGAAUUGGGGAGCCUACUUUUAGCAAAGAUUCAGACCCUAUUGGAUGCAAUCGAUAACAUGGCAAUGAAUUCCGAGUCACACAAAGCUAAAUCGCCUCCAAACAACAUGCCGCAACAUGCAGAGCAGACUUCACAAUCGAAUUGCAGCAUUUGUCAAACUGGUUCGACUUCACAAUCGAAUUGCAACAUUUGUCAAACUGGUUCUGGUUACCAGUCAUGUUGCUCUGAACCUCAAUCUGAGAACCCCCACAAAAUCAGGAGGCGCCGAAAGAAGAGAGGAGCUCUACAGGUAGAAGGCCAGGAUGCAGAACCGGGUGACAUGAAGUUAGCAGAUAAAAUAUCUUCAGAUGGUUCUUGCAGCAAGAGUGCAAGCUCAGAAGUUAAACAGGCAUCAUAUCUUUGCGAGGUCUGCAAUUUGGAUCUCAAAAGUGAGAGCAGGCUUGCAGACCAUUGCAAUGGGGAGGAACACUUGGAAAAGCAGAAGCUACUGAACUUUUGCGAGGUCUGCAAUUUGCAGUGUAAUAGCAGAAAAAUGCUUGAUCACCACCGUACUGGGAAGAAGCACCAGAAAAAUCUCGAUGCAAAUAAAUGAAAUGGAAUUGCGGCUUCUGCAGAAGGAUUUUUUCCCCUCUCUCUAGGUGUUAAAUGGGAGUUAGAGCAAGAGGCCGGCACCACGUGUGAUUGUAUGAAAUCGAUUUAGAUGACACUGUGUCAUAACUAUUUAAUCGCUCGUUUGGGUGCUAAUGCAUUGUUGUUAUUCUGCAACAGUAGGUUGUGAUCAUCCUACACAACCCA